AAUUCAACUGUACUCAUGGGAAAACCAGAAUUCACGCCUAGAGGAGGCGGUGGCCGUGGAGGUUUCGGAGGUCGAGGCGGUGGUGGUGGCCGUGGAGGAUUCGGAAGUCGAGGCGGUGGUGGAGGCCGUGGAGGUGGAGGUAGCCGUGGUGGUUUCGGUGGUCGCGGUGGCGGUGGUGGUCGUGGAGCCGGAGGAGGUCGUGGACGUGGCGGUCCACGGGGAGGAGGCCGCGGAGGUGGAGCCAAAGGAGGUGGCUUCAAGGGAGGCAAAACCGUUGUCAUUGAGCCUCAUCGUCACGAAGGAAUUUUCAUUGCCAGAGGAAAGGAAGACGCUCUAGUCACACUGAAUCUGGUGCCCGGAUCGGAGGUUUAUGGAGAAAAACGAAUUUCUGUUGAGACCGACGGCGAGAAGAACGAAUACAGAGUAUGGAAUCCUUUCCGGUCAAAGCUGGCCGCUGCCGUUCUUGGUGGAGUUGACAAGAUCCACAUGCCACCUGGCUCGAAAGUUUUGUACCUUGGUGCAGCCUCGGGAACUACAGUUUCACACGUUUCGGACGUCGUGGGUCCAGAAGGACUGGUGUAUGCCGUCGAGUUUUCACACCGAUCCGGACGGGAUCUGAUUAACGUGGCCAAGAAACGGACCAACAUUAUUCCGAUUAUAGAAGACGCUCGUCAUCCACACAAGUACCGGAUGUUGGUCGGCUUGGUUGAUACCAUCUUCGCCGACGUUGCCCAACCCGAUCAGGCUCGUAUCGUUGCACUAAAUGCACAUCAGUUCCUGAAAAACGGCGGCCAUUUCGUCAUAUCCAUCAAGGCGUCUUGCAUCGAUUCGACAGCCGUUCCGGAGGCAGUAUUUGCGGCAGAGGUAAAGAAACUGCAGUCGGAAAAACUGAAACCUCAGGAGCAAAUCACAUUGGAACCAUACGAGCGUGAUCAUGCCGUCGUUGUGGGGGUCUACAGGGCAGCCCCGAAGAGUGCGUAAGGAAGAAAGUUUAGGUUUAGGAUUUACUUUAAAUAUUUACGUUUCAGUAGAUAAUCUUCUCUUGAACGGGAAGCAUUUUCUUACUUUAGAACUACUACAGUAACAGAGUUUAUACAAAUACCCCACUCUAAUGUGACAUACAAAAAGUAAUAAAUUCAUUAUUACAAACAAAA